GACACGUGGGGGCCAUAAAUUCCCUCCUUUAAUUUCAUUCCCCUCUCCAUUCGCAUUAUUUUUUCUUUUUAAAAGGGUUAACGGUUCCAUCAUCUUCAUCUGGUACCAGAUCUGUGCCAUUCAUUUCUUCUAGCCAUGGACGAGAAGCUCAUACAGCGGUUAGAAUCGGCGGUGUUGCGCUUGGAGUCGCUAUCCUCUGGACUCCACCCCUCCGCUUCACAAUCCGGCGGCGCCCACGCUCCCGAUGCGGCGCUCGAUCCCUCCGUCGUCGCCUUCGCCGAUCUGAUCGACCAGUACGUCGGUAGGGUUUCCGGCGCUGCAGAGGUUAUCGGCGGACAGGUCUUGGGUGUCACCAAGCUGGUGCAGGAAGCUUUCAAUGUUCAGAAAGAGCUUUUGAUUAAGCUCAAACAGACUCAGAAGCCUAACCUCGCUGGGUUGUCUGAAUUUCUGAAACCAUUGAAUGAAGUGAUCACAAAAGCUACCAAAUUGACAGAAGGAAGGAGAUCUGAUUUUUUUAAUCACUUAAAGGCUGCUGCUGACAGUCUCUCAGCUCUAGCAUGGAUUGCAUAUACAGGGAAGGAUUGUGGUAUGAGCAUGCCAAUUGCGCAUGUGGAAGAAAGUUGGCAAAUGGCUGAGUUUUACAGCAACAAGGUGCUUGUGGAGUACAGAAACAAAGACCCAAAUCAUGUUGAGUGGGCCAAAGCUCUCAAAGAGUUGUAUCUCCCUGGAUUGAGAGAUUAUGUCAAGAGCUUUCAUCCUUUAGGCCCUGUUUGGAGUCCAACAGGAAAAAUAAUUGCUCCAUCAAAAGCUUCUGCUCCUGCUGCCCCUCCCCCUCCACCUGCUUCUCUCUUUAGUUCUGAAUCAUCUCAGGCUUCAUCUUCUAAGCCUAAAGAGGGGAUGUCUGCUGUUUUUCAACAAAUCAGUUCAGGAAACGUCACUUCAGGUUUGAAAAAGGUUACGAAUGAUAUGAAGACUAAGAAUCGCACCGAUAGAACUGGAGUUGUUGGGGCUAUUGAAAAAGAAACUCCUGCAAGUUCACGUGUGUUUUCUAAAGCUGGACCUCCAAAAUUUGAACUUCAAAUGGGCCGCAAAUGGGUUGUUGAGAAUCAAAUUGAGAAGAAAGACUUGGUCAUUGAAGAUUGUGAUUCAAAGCAGUCUGUAUAUAUUUAUGGAUGCAAAAACUCUGUUUUGCAAAUUCUAGGCAAGGUCAACAAUAUAACAAUUGACAAAUGCACAAAGAUUGGAGUUGUAUUUAAGGAUGUUGUUGCAGCAUGUGAGAUUGUAAACAGUAACGGGGUUGAGGUUCAAUGCCAGGGUGCAGCUCCUACAAUUUCAGUGGACAACACUUCUGGCUGCCAGCUAUAUCUGAGUAAAGACUCUUUAGAAGCAUCCAUAAGUACAGCAAAGUCAAGCGAGAUCAAUGUAUUGGUUCCUGGUGCUGAUCCUGAUGGUGAUUGGGUGGAGCAUUCUUUGCCACAACAAUACAUUCAUUUGUUCAAGAAUGAGCACUUUGAAACAACUCCUGCUGCUCAUUCUGGAGGUUAAAUUGAUUGCCAAUUUGGACUUUUGGAGUCUCUAUUUAUAUUUAAAUCGUUUUGGAAUACUGUGGGAGUGGCUUCAAUUUGUUGUUUCGUCAAUUCAUUUACAAACACAGUCAUAUAUAUAGGUUUACCGUAUACUUGCUGCUUAUUCUAGUGAUUUUUCCAUGGGUUUAUUGAACCAUUGGAAUCAUCCAUACGGUUUUUUUUUUUAGUAGUUUUCUUCUGAUUGAGCGUGUUUUUGUCGUAAGUUGCAUUAUGCAAUUGGUUUUUUUAGCUUUCAGAGGACAUCUACAUUUGUCUGAACAUGUUGGUUUGAUUCUGGUGCUUUUGCAUAUUUGAGGAUAGAGCAAUGAUUAUGUACUCAGGUGCAUUCGGAAAGAUAUUUGUGUAUCUGUUUUUUUGAAUCGAUUAGUCCUCCCAGUUUGUAUUGAGAAAAUGAAACGAGUUGUGAACUUUCUCUUGGCUUCUGCUUA